GGCGGGCUGCCGGCACCGCCCCGGCCGACAAAAGUCCCUUCAGUUCAGCCGGCGGCAGGGGAAGUCCCGGCGCCUGGCUCAACCUCCCUCGGUGCCGCCGAGCCGAGCCGCGCUCCGGCCGCCCGCUCGGCCGCCGUCCCCGGCGGCCCCAUGCCCCGAUGCCCCACGGGGGCCAUGGACGAGGGGCCCGUGGACCUGCGCACCCGGCCCAAGGCCGCCGGGCUCCCGGGCGCCACGCUGCCGCUGCGUAAGCGCCCGCUGCGCGCGCCCUCCCCGGAGCCCGCCGCCCCCCGCUGCGCCGCGGGCCCCUUGGCCACCCCGGAGCCCCAGCUCGGCGGCUCCAGCGCGCCCGCCGCCCCAGCGUCGCGCCACGGCCUGGCCCGGCCAGAGGCCCUUUAUUACCAGGGACCCUUACUGCCUCUGUACCCCACCCCAACCAUGGGCUCCCCCUUUCCUCUGCUGGGCCUGCCUCCACCCCUGUACCCCAUGAUGUGCUCAAUGGAACACCCUCUGUCAGCCGACAUCGCCGUGGCCACCCGCGCAGAUGAGGACGGAGACACGCCACUCCACAUUGCCGUGGUGCAGGGCAAUCUGCCAGCUGUGCAUCGACUCGUCAGCCUCUUCCAGCAUGGGGGCCGGGAGCUGGACAUCUACAACAACCUCAGGCAGACGCCGCUACACCUGGCUGUGAUCACCACUUUGCCGUCUGUGGUCCGGCUACUGGUGAUGGCCGGUGCCAGCCCCAUGGCCCUGGACCGCCAUGGCCAGACAGCAGCCCACUUGGCGUGUGAGCACCGCAGCCCGACCUGCCUGCGGGCCCUGCUGGAUAGCGCGGCCCCGGGCACAGUGGACCUGGAGGCCCGCAAUUAUGACGGGCUCACUGCCCUGCACGUGGCCGUGAACACCGAGUGCCACGAAGCGGUGCUGCUCUUGCUGGAGCGUGGCGCGGACAUCGACGCGGUGGACAUUAAGAGCGGCCGCUCCCCACUCAUCCACGCCGUGGAAAACAACAGCCUGAGCAUGGUGCAGCUGCUGCUGCAGCACGGCGCCAACGUGAACGCGCAGAUGUACUCGGGCAGCUCGGCGCUGCACUCGGCGUCUGGCCGCGGGCUCCUGCCGCUGGUGCGCACGCUGGUCCGCAGCGGCGCCGACAGCAGCCUCAAGAACUGUCACAACGACACGCCGCUCAUGGUGGCGCGCAGCCGCCGGGUCAUCGACAUCCUGAGGGGGAAGGCCACGCGACCUGCGCCUGCGUCACAGCCAGAGCCCUCCCCUGACCGGAGUGCCACCACCUCCCCCGAGAGCAGCAGCCGCCUCAGCUCCAAUGGUCUUCUCUCUGCAUCACCAUCCUCCUCGCCUUCCCAGUCUCCUCCCAAGGAUCCCCUUGGAUUUCCCAUGGCUCCCCCCAAUUUCUUCCUCUCUCCCUCAUCUCCACCUGCCUUCCUGCCCUUUGUCGGGGUCCUCCAAGCCCCUGGCCGGCCGGUGCCUCCCCCGCCAGCUCCAGGAGGCAGCUGAGAAGGAUGGGGGGGCAGAUCUUGGACUCAUGAGGAGGGACCUCCCUGCCCUUGUGGAGUCAGCCCUCCUGGAAACUGUGAAGAUCUCACUCUGCCCCCCCCCCCAUCUUCGAACCAGGAUUUGCACAUGCAUUUGCCCCCUCUUUUGAGCACAGAUAUCCCCCCACCUCGUCUUCCGUCUUCCGCCCAGGACUCUUUCCCCUGUUCUUCUCAGGCAACCAAUCUCCUGUCUGGAAUCCCACUCAAUCAUAUAUUUCCUUCUCCUCUCUCAGAGCUGGUGGAACCAGGGAACAGCUGCUCCCUCUGCCCUCCGCCCAUGAGGAGGGAGAGACGGGCUGCUGCGGGGCACUUAUAACGAUGUAAAUUAUUAGGCAUUUUUGGUUGGAUUUCUUUUGUAAUAAACUAUUUUUGUAACAUA